AUGCGUGCGACCUACCUCCACUAUUAUGCAGCCACUUCGUAUGAGUACAUGGGACGAGCAGCUCAUAUCUUUUCAGCUGUCAAGGUUCCGCUUCUGACUUCUGCUAUGGAGCGUUUUCAAACUGCCUAUGAGUCUUUGCCAGCUACUCUCCCGCCCCCGGUUCUGAAUCUCAACCAGACCUGCUCACCAGAUACUUUUCUUCAUUCGCCUGACUCGUCUCCUCGGUCUUCCUUGACGACUGUCGUGUGGAGCCCCACAAUUCCACCUACCCAUGAUGUCCCUCCGGGCUCUGGGCCUGAUUCAAAUGCUCAAGCUCUCUCAGUUCAGAAUCUGUCGGCUCAUAAUGCUAGGCUACCUCAAACUCCUACCUCGCCGGUCCCUUCUCCCUCUUCUUCCUUCAGCUCGUCUAUUGCUACUGCUUUUUGUGUUACGCCACCUUCUGCUACCCGAGAAGUCUCACGUCUUGACUUUGAUGGUCCACCCCCAGCCUUUCAUAUCACGCCUCCCACCCAUAAGGUCCCUCCUCCCCCCCCUCCCCCUCCACACGGUGUUUCUCCUCGUCCCGCUACGAAAGACCAAUUGCUCGCUUUCAACAGUGCCAGAGAUGGGCUUCCCAAUGGGGGAUCUAUCGUCCGAAACAUUGCCCGGAUGAUUGAUAACUCCAUCAUUGCGGGAGCCGACGACCCUUUUGUGACCCGCGUGCCACCAAAACAUCACUCUCUAAAGCGACCGCCCGUGCGCCUGUCUCCGAUCAAAUUCCCAGCUGAACUCGAGGAUCCCGUAAAGCGCAGCCAACUUAUUCCACCCCCGCUUGCAAUCAGGAAGAGCUCCGGUGAGGUGCUCAUGUGCAGCAGUUCUGCAAUGGUAAUCUGCGGAGGUUCAGAGCAAGAAAUUUCUAGGAAUGAGGUGAAUCGACCAGUCCGAGCUCGCCCUCCCCGGCUACCCUUGAGAAUAGUCCCAUCCGGACGUCUAAAUGCUAACACAGGGGAGACGAACCCUUCAACCCUAGCCCCGCAGCAGAACCGUCUGAGACCUAUCCUCUCUUCGUCCACGAUCAUGACUCCACAGACACCAACCCCCGUUAUGAGAAAGAAGGUGCCCAUCCUCGGCUCCCCGUUCACCAGCCGAGCAGGCUCGCCAGGGCACAAAAGCACCAAGUCGCUCUCGUUGCGGUCUAGAAAGUCCUCCCCCAUACCUGUCAGUACUGAGCGUGCCACCCAGAUCAACCAAUUUAACAACGCCGUCAAGUGGCUCCGUGAACAUAUCCCCGCCGACGUGACUGGACUUUGCAGGCAGAUCAAACAUGUUUCGGAUCUGCAGCAGGCCCGUCGCUCUCGCAAUACGAAAAUGGCCCGCUCUGCUUCCUUCUGGACCUUUUCUCCCGUUAAGCCUAACCCCGAUUCCGGUGCCCCCCAGGAACCUCCUGUGAUUGAGGGGCCUAAUAUCGAUGAGUACGGAAAUGUUAUUCGGGUUGAGACUAAGGCGCAGCGCAUUAAGCGGCUUAGGGAGGAAGAUUGGAGGAUUGGUAUUCGGUCGAAGCAUAGUCUUUGGAAGGGGACUGAGUACUACGAUGAGCUUUGCGAAACUGCUUUAGCUGAGCUUGGUGAGACAGGCUAUGGAUCUCGCGAAUGGCUGCAGCGGUGA